CCUUUAGCCCAAGCCCGUGCUAUAUAAACUAGGGGUUUCCCGUUUUGGAACUUCUCUCAAACCCUAGCUCUCCGUUCUCACUUCCUUGGAGGUUCCUCCGCAGAUCCUUCCUUGCUUUCGCCUGGGCAACAAUGGUGAGAGUUAGCGUUUUGAAUGAUGCUUUGAAGAGCAUGUACAAUGCUGAAAAGCGUGGGAAGCGCCAGGUUAUGAUCAGGCCUUCAUCAAAAGUGAUCAUCAAAUUUCUGCUGGUGAUGCAGAAGCAUGGAUACAUUGGUGAGUUUGAGUAUGUUGAUGAUCACAGAGCUGGUAAAAUUGUGGUUGAAUUGAAUGGAAGGCUGAACAAGUGUGGAGUUAUCAGCCCUCGUUUUGACAUUGGUGUCAAGGAGAUUGAAGGAUGGACUGCAAGGUUGCUCCCUUCUAGACAGUUUGGUUAUAUUGUGUUGACAACUUCUGCUGGCAUUAUGGACCAUGAAGAAGCUAGAAGAAAGAAUGUUGGCGGCAAAGUGCUUGGAUUCUUUUACUAGACUGAGCUUUUUUUUUUUUGGAUUUAUGCCAUUUCUAAAAAUCUAGUGUUUAUUCUUCAUUGCAUGAAUUAAAUUCGUUGAAGUACUAUUUCCUUGAGUAGAAGUAAUCAUGCAAAGUUCAAUUUUA